GCCCAAAGAAGCAAACAGCUUCCUGGACUCUAGAGUCUUUCUCCGAAAAGCCACAAAAGAGACAGCUGCAAAUACUUUCUUCUUUCCUAUGGAUCCUUUUCUUCCUGCUCAUCGAAUCCCUGAAGUAACCUUGGUCCUGAACCCAUCUGCCCAUCUGAUUUGGUCUAGAAUCACCAGAAUGCUCUCCGGAGCCUCAGAAGCCCUGAAAUCUGGGAACUCAAGCCAGGGUUACUCAGAAGAUAUCCACAGGGUCUGAACAAGAAAAUGAGUUACAUUACCCAAAUGCUAGCCUCCUGGAAGCCUUGACAACAAUGUUUAUCAGGAACAUGGUUCUUGCCCGAAAUGAGACAAUCAGGAGUACAUCAAUGCUAUCAACUAAUCCCAACCCCAAACCCAACCAAGCCAAAGGCAAUCUGAGAUCCCCUGGACAAUCAGGAAGAAGGACUAGCAGCCUCUGGAAAGGACUCAUCCCCGACAGUGAUGUCAGGUAUCCUCGGUGGUUCAGUAACUUUCCCCCUAAACCUCUCGAUGGACACAGAGAUUGAAGACAUCACUUGGAUUGGUCCCCAAAAUGUUCUAGUUUUUGCACGCCCCAAAGGAGAUGUAUCCUUGCUGGCCAAAAGCUACCAGGGUAGACUGAACAUCACUAGCUGGAAUUACUCUUUGUAUAUCAGUAACUUGACCUGGGAUGAUGCAGGAUCCUUCAAAGCCCAGAUAAACCAGAAGAAUUCUAAACACACCACCGAGAAGAAAUUCAUCCUGAACAUAUAUGAGCAUCUACAGGAGCCUCAAGUAAUCAUGAAAUCCAUGAACACGUCUGGGAACACUUCCUGCAGCAUCACCCUGAUGUGUUCCGUGAAGGGGGCUGAAAAAGAUGUCCAGUAUAGUUGGACCCCAAAGGAUUACAGCUCUUCUGAAUCCUAUGUGGGUUCCACCCUCACUAUCUCCCCAAAUCCCUGUGACCCAGACCUGAUAUACACCUGCACAGCCCAGAACCCUGUCAGCCAGAGCCGCUCACAGCCUGUCCAAAUCUGGCAGUUCUGUACAGGAGACUCCAGAGGAAAACCAAUGGGGGAGACAGUGCGGGGGACCGUGGGAGAGCCAAUCAUCCUGCCCCUGGCACUCCGGGCCAGUAAGGACACAGAGAAGAUUGUCUGGAUAUCUAACACAACUAUUAUCAGCAAAAGGUGGGAAGAAGCAGAUCCACCCAUUAAGCCCAAAGGUCCUGAAGAAGACAGGGUGCAGAUCUCUGACCAGGACUAUUCCCUGAAGAUCAGCCAGCUGAAGAUGGAGGACGCCGGCCUCUACCAUGCCUGCGUGUGCUCAGAGGCCUCCAGAGUCACCAGCAUGAGGCACAUCAACCUGCACCCCUACAGGAGGCUGAAGGAACCGAACGUCACCAGUAGCUCCAUACACAUGGAGGACAACAUCUGCAGGGUCAACCUGACCUGCUCUGUGGAGGAUGGUGGAAAAGAUGUGAUAUACAUAUGGACCUACCUGCAGAAGGAAGCUGUUGUGUCCCAAGAGGGAUCGCAACUCAAUGUCUCCUGGAAAAGUGGUGAAAGUCACCCCAACUUCACAUGCACAGCCAGCAAUCCUGUCAGCAACAGUUCCAGCCAGUUUUUCUCUAAGAACAUCUGUUCAGGCCCUGACAAAAGCAAGAAACAUUUGAUUGUGCUCACCGUGGUUUUCAUCCUUCUUGUUCUUGGGAUUUCUGGCUACUGCAUUUGGAAGAAAAAAAAACAGUGUUCAACAGCAGUCUUCAAUUCCAACCAAGCUGAAGCCCCAGCUGACACACAAGCUGACCACACAAUAUAUACCUUGGUCUCCCAAGGGUAUGAGAAACCAGACAUCCUCCCUAGGCCCACCUCAGACACCUCCUCUGACAGCAAUGUCACAAUGGAGGAGGACGAACAGAAUGCUGAAAUAGAUAGUACUGCCAAUGGAAGAGAUGAGGUGUAUGACUUGGCCACUCAAGAGGACACUGGAGAUGACUUGGCCUCUGAAGUUCAAACACAGUAUGAUGUCAUCACUCCAGAUGACACAGUGGUUGACUGUGAAGAUGAAGGGCAACCGGAGUAUGUCCAACUAUUCUGUACUUUACAGAAAAAGACCCCAAGUCCUCAGAAGAAAGAUACCUCAUUCACAGUCUACUGCUCUGUACAGAGACCUCAAAAGGCAGUGCCACUACUACAGCAGGAUGACCCUGAGUCUUCUGAAAUCCCUACAUAUGAAAAUUUCACCUGAAAACAAUUUCUACCUCUCUCCUGUGGUCCUGGGGUUGGAUCAGCAGCAGGACUCAUAAACCCUGGUGCUCUGCAGACAGAAGCACAUCAGAAUAAACUACAAUGACUCAGAAUUGCCUGGAUUUGGCCUCACCCUCUUCUUCUCACCCUCCACACACACACACCAUGGCCUCCUGAGUCCAUUAGUAUUUCAGAAUUGGAAUCUUUCUUGGAGCCAGUGGGCUUCAGAUAUGUUAUUCUGUUUAUCUCUUGCAUACUCAUACUGUUUGCUCCUCUCAACUCUAAAGUUACCAAACCUGGUCAAGGGGGACCUUGGACUGACCAUCUUUCAUACCAUCUUCUAGAUAUAUGUGAAAAUACAUCCAUUAGCUAUUCUCACUCAUAGACACAAGUAUUCAUGCAAAAUGGGAAAUAACCUGAAUGUCCACUUUGAUAGUCUCAUUAACCACAUCAUAGCAUGCCCAUGCUGUGACCAUUCUUACCACUUUAAAGAAAUAAAGACUAUGCUAGUGUGGAAUGAACUCUGAAAUACAUUAUAGAGUGCAAAGAACAAAGUC